AUGGUCCCUGUAUUAAACGCGUAUGUCAGCGCACGUUCCCGCAAAUCCCACCGUAAGUCGCGUUUGGGUUGUGGUAAUUGCAAACAGCGAAGGGUCAAGUGCGACGAAGUCAAACCUAUGUGCGGACAGUGCACGCGACACGUUAUGAACUGCGAUUAUGCAGUUGGUGAAUUGGUUGAUAGGGGCUCGCCAUCAUUAAACUCGCCAUCGUUAAACCUGCCGGAGGGCAGUCGGGGACAGUCGGCGCGGGACGACGGGCAUACAUACAUCUCCUCUUUCCUCUUUGACUUCCAAAUACCGAAAAGGAAACAUAGUCGACGAUAUAAUUUGUAUCCCCCGUACGGAAUAUUGGGACAGGGGUUCUCAUCGGCCUUGGCUAACUACCCGUUUGAAUUUUCUGCGCUGGAUAUGGAGCUAUUUCACAAUUACCUGUCAUCCACAUCCCUGACCCUGGCCGAUGACGAAGCUGGUCGGCAGCUCUUGCAGAGACGGCUUCCGGAGCUGGGUUUCUCUUUCAAUUACGUGCUGCGUCUUCUUUUGGCCUUCAGCGGGUUCCACAUCGCACACUUACGGGAAGCCUGCCCUCAGCAGAUGUCUAGUGCCACUCAACCCUACCUAGAACGAGCUGAGCGACAUUUUGCUGUUGCCCUUCGUCAACUCAUACCAUCGGUGACUGGAUUGAAUCCUGACACCUACCAUGCACUCUAUGCAGCGUCGUCAUUCAUGUGCUUCUGCACGCUAGGUAGAGGCCCGCAGCCCGGUAACUACCUGGCGUUCAGCAAUACUGGUCAAGCCGAGUGUUUGACGCUCCUGCACGGUGUCCGGUCGAUCCUACAAAUGACAGAGCAGGUGUCAACGCAUGCGGAAACCGGUCCAAAAUCUCGCCCUAGUGCGGAACCUACAGCAGCGCAUUUUGAAGUGCAAGUAUCACAGUUAUCUGAGGAUUACAUCGCUCCGCUGGUUCAGAUUCGAGGCAUGCGACAUAUUGCAAAGUCCAUUGAGGAUCUAGUCGCAGUUUUCCACCAACUGAGAAACCAGAAGCACUAUACGCUAAAGGGAGCACGCGUCCCGUACAUCUUUGGCUGGCUUUUUCGGCUUCCAGGGCUUUUCGUUGCCGAUCUACAUGAGCAGCGGCCACUAUCACUGGUACUGCUCGCAUUUUUUGUCGUCUUACUACAAGAUAUAUCUUGCUAUUGGUUUAUGAAGGGAUGGCCGGAACAUAUCAUGGCUGGAAUCUACCGCCACCUUGAUGAAAAGCAUAGGCCUUGGAUUCAGUGGCCACGGGAAAAAGUCGGUUAAGGUAUGUUCGUCGUCCAGGUUUUUAGGGAGCUAUAUCUGUCUCUUUUAUCUGCAAUGGCUGGCAAACAUGUUUUAUUUAUUUGCUGCCUCCUCCCAUCUCCAAGGGUACGGUAAGGAAGCUAUGUUUGUUUGUUGGUGUUUCUAGAAUACGCACAUAACAUGCGGCUUGCGGGUAACGAUCUCAUAUACCUGACUGGCUAAAUACCAUUGCAGUGGCCUCUGAAUCGCCGCCAGCUUCAUUAGCCGCGUUGCAGUCGCCAUAUAUUGGCCGCCUAAAAUGCCGCAUCCUUGCUGAGAGAGCCAAUCAAAUAUAUCUAAUUCAGCGG